GCUUCCUGGCUUCACUCUCACGAGCACAUAAAGAAAAGUCAUUCAACUUGAAACCACACUGGACUCGUGUUAGAAUAUAUGUGUGUUAUUCGUAAAAAAAAGAAGAAGAAUUCAAAUCAAAACCAGAGCUGUUAGUUGUUUAUUUGUGAAUGAUUUUUAAAACUUUUCUUUAAGUUCGGACCUUUUUUCGCAUCUUUACGUGAAGGAGUGUGUGUGUGCUGUAUGAGUGUGUGAGAGGGAACAAGGACCAGGAUGAUUGCAGCCCAGCUACUUGCUUAUUACUUCACUGAGCUGAAGGAUGAUCAGGUUAAAAAGAUUGAUAAGUACCUGUACUCCAUGCGGUUCUCCGAUGAGACGCUGUUGGACAUCAUGCAACGGUUCAAGAAGGAGCUGGCUGAAGGGCUGGGCAGAGACACCAACGCCACCGCUUCGCUGAAGAUGCUGCCGACGUUCGUGCGAUCGAUUCCAGAUGGAACAGAGAAAGGAGACUUCAUUGCGUUGGAUUUAGGAGGCAGUAACUUCAGAAUCCUUCGUGUCAAAGUGAGCCACGAGAAGAAGCAGACCGUUCAGAUGGAGAGUGAGGUCUAUGACACGCCGGACGACAUCAUUCAUGGCACCGGAACAGAACUGUUUGAUCAUGUGGCGGAGUGUCUCGGUGAUUUUAUGGAAAAACACAACAUCAAAGAAAAGAGACUCCCUGUUGGUUUUACCUUUUCCUUCCCCUGCCAGCAGACCAAAUUAAAUGAGGGCUAUCUGAUAACGUGGACAAAACGUUUUAAAGCCAGUGGGGUUGAAGGGAUGGAUGUUGUCCAGCUGCUCAACAAAGCUAUUAAGAAAAGAGCAGAGUACGAAGCUGACAUCAUGGCGGUGGUGAACGAUACCGUGGGAACCAUGAUGACGUGCGGCUUCGAUGACCAGCGCUGUGAAGUUGGCAUCAUCAUCGGUACUGGCACCAACGCCUGCUACAUGGAGGAACUGCGUCACAUUGACCUGGUGGAGGGGGACGAGGGCAGGAUGUGCGUGAACACCGAGUGGGGGGCUUUUGGAGAUGAUGGCAGGCUGGAGGACAUCAGAACAGAGUUUGACAGAGAGAUUGACCGAGGCUCUCUCAACCCAGGAAAACAACUGUUUGAGAAGAUGGUCAGUGGGAUGUACAUGGGAGAGCUGGUUCGUCUCAUUCUGGUGAAGAUGGCAAGAGAAGGUCUGCUCUUUGAAGGAAGAAUCACCCCCGAGCUUCUCACCAAGGGCAAAUUUGAGACCAAGCAUCUCUCAGCCAUAGAGAAGAGUAAAGAGGGCUUAACAAAGGCAAAAGAGAUUUUAACCAAACUCGGCGUGGAGCCCUCAGCAGAGGACUGCAUUGCUGUGCAGCAUGUUUCUGCCAUCGUCUCUUUCCGCUCUGCCAGCCUGGUAGCUGCUGUCUUGGCCGGCAUCCUAAUGAGGCUGAAGGAGAAUAAAGGAGUGACGCGACUCCGGACCACCGUGGGCAUCGAUGGCUCGCUGUACAAGAUGCACCCACAAUAUGCUCGCCGUCUUCAUAAGACCGUCCGACGCUUGGUUCCGGACUGUGACGUUCGAUUCCUCCUCUCAGAGAGCGGCAGCGGGAAAGGUGCUGCCAUGGUAACAGCCGUGGCGUACAGACUCGCCGAACAGUCCCAUCAAAUCGCCCAGAUUCUGUCUGAGUUUGACCUGACGGAAGAGCAGCUGCUGGAGGUAAAGAAAAGAAUGACGAUGGAGAUGGAAAAGGGCCUCUCAAAGAACACCCAUGACUCUGCCACUGUCAAAAUGCUGCCAACAUUUGUACGAAGCACACCUGAUGGCACAGAGAAUGGGGAUUUCCUGGCUUUGGACUUAGGAGGAACCAACUUCAGGGUUCUGUUGGUGAAGAUUCGCUCUGGCAAAAGGAGAUCAGUAGAGAUGCAAAACAAGAUUUACGCUAUUCCUCUGGAAGUGAUGCAGGGCACAGGAGAAGAGUUGUUUGAUCACAUUGUGCACUGUAUCAGUGACUUCCUGGACUACAUGGGAAUGAAGAACGCUCGUCUUCCUCUGGGCUUCACCUUCUCGUUUCCAUGCCAACAGACUAGUCUGGACGCUGGUAUCUUAGUGACGUGGACCAAAGGGUUUAAGGCGACAGACUGUGAAGGAGAGGAUGUGGUGGGACUACUGAGGGAGGCUAUUAAAAGAAGAGAGGAGUUUGACCUGGAUGUGGUGGCCAUAGUCAAUGACACAGUGGGAACCUUGAUGACCUGUGCCUAUGAAGAGCCCACCUGUGAGGUCGGACUCAUUGCUGGAACUGGCAGUAAUGCAUGCUACAUGGAGGAGAUGAGGAACAUUGAGAUGGUCGAGGGUGAUGAGGGUCGGAUGUGUGUCAACAUGGAAUGGGGGGCCUUUGGAGACAACGGAUGCCUCAACGACAUCCGGACAGAGUACGAUAAUGCUGUAGACGACUUUUCUCUCAACCCGGGAAAACAAAGAUAUGAGAAAAUGUGCAGUGGCAUGUACCUCGGAGAAAUUGUGCGGAACAUCCUCAUAGACAUGACCAAGAAAGGCUUCCUGUUCAGGGGACAGAUUUCUGAAACUUUAAAGACCAGAGGCAUCUUUGAAACAAAGUUCCUCUCACAGAUAGAAAGUGACAGACUGGCUUUGCUGCAGGUGAGAGCCAUCCUGCAGCACUUGGGGCUGGACAGCACCUGUGAUGACAGUAUCAUUGUGAAAGAGGUGUGUGGAACUGUGGCACGUCGUGCUGCUCAGCUGUGCGGCGCAGGAAUGGCAGCUGUCGUGGAUAAGAUAAGAGAAAACCGCGGACUGGACCACCUGAACGUCACCGUGGCCGUAGAUGGAACUCUGUACAAAUUACAUCCCCAUUUCUCUGGGAUCAUGCAUCAGACCGUUGCUGAACUGGCUCCUCAGUGUACCGUCAACUUCCUGCUGUCAGAGGACGGCAGCGGGAAAGGAGCCGCUCUCAUCACGGCUGUGGGUUGCCGGCUCAGAAAGCAGGAGCUCAACAGUAAAUAACGGCAAAAGAAAAUCUCCUGUUUCGUUGUUCUCACUCCAAAACUCCC